UCUGAGCUGGCCAUAAAACGGGGUCGGCCCUUUAUUUUUAGAUAGUUUUGGGGCCUUAGAACUCUUUAAACAGUGAAGAUCGGAAGUUGCGAUAGUCCGCGUUCCGGAACCAAUCGCCACCUGUUUGCCAUCUCGAUCUCGCUUUUCUGGAACGACUCGUCUUUGGGGUUUUCUCGUGGUUUUUGAGCCUCCAACUCUUCGCAUGAAUCAUUGUCCUGUCUGGAAUUGACCUUGAAUAGCAUGGUUUCCUUGCUUGGAAUGAUUGUUGUUUUGAUAACAUGGAAAUAACUGCAACGGUUAGCAAAUGAUUCUAGUACUCUUUUACGGUUGAUUGCCUUUUGUCUCUGAAGGAAAGGGCUCUUGGUGGUACUGCUCCUUAUUGUGGGGGGUUUUCACUUUACACAGCAGAUCCGGAUACAGCGAUGUCUGGAAGCACAAGUUGCACUGUUUACAUAGGCAAUCUAGAUGAGAGGGUCACGGAGAGAAUCUUAUAUGAUAUAUUAAUUCAAGCAGGACGAGUGGUGGACCUGUAUAUUCCUAGAGAUAAGGAAUCUGAGAAACCUAAAGGAUUUGCCUUUGCAGAAUAUGAAAGUGAGGAGAUUGCAGAUUAUGCUGUCAGGCUUUUCUCAGGCCUGGUGACGCUUUACAACAGAACACUGAAAUUUGCGAUAUCUGGCCAAGACAAACCAACUCCAAAUGGUUCUGCAGUGGCUACACCAUCAUCUAAUUCUUCUCACCGAUCGAGGCCCCACCCUGCGCCAAUGAAUAGUACAGAAAUUUCUCAGCACUCUGCUAGGAUAUCAACACCUAGCCGAAUUUCAGAUUACCCUGUAAAUUACUCCCGAGUUACCCACCGCGUAGUUGACCAAACUAGUGAGUAUGGAUCUCUCUCCAGUGGCAACAAUUAUGAAUACAGCCGAAGAGUUUUUGGGCCAACAUUGGAUAGCAUUAGCCGGUAUAGGUCACGCCGCUAUGAUACAAGUAACCCAAUCUCUUACCCAUCUUACUAAUAUUCCUGAAAAGAUCUGUGGGGAGUUGAACAUUUCUCUCCUCCAAAUCUAGUUAGUAUGAGUAGUUCUUGACUACUCGUACAUCUUUGUACAAUAUAUGUAAAAGGGAAAUAUUCAGGAAUUAGUAGAUUCUGCUUGAUAUUAGCAAAACCAUUCAAGUAGGUGCCUCCGGUAUGUAUUUGUUGUGUACUACCUCAUCCAGGCAGGCUAGGCAUUCAUCAACUUAAUUAUUCUGGUUUUCUUAAGUAGGUUAAACUCUGCUGUGAAGUACAAAUUUCUUUUUGUUAGCUUUUGGUUAUGCUUUUGUAUCUGUCUGAAGGUGUUAUCACUUACUGUUGGGUAUGAUCUGAUAUGGAUUAUUCUGGAUUGUGGGAACUAUAGAAAAUGUUUCUCUAGUUUAAUUGACAUAAUUCAGUGCGGUAAUAUUUUCUAAUCAAUUUCUAAUGAAGGACUGAGCGUUCUAUA